CGGGGCUCUCAUUCACAGCUUUCUAGAGAAAUCUGAGCCCGAACCUGCCAAAUAGGGGAUCUCACCUACUCAGCUCAGCAACGAGGACACCUGCAGAAACACAUUCCCAAAGCAAGGCUGGGCGGCCAUGUGAAGCAAUGGCCUCAGUUCUGCUUCCCUUUUGGAGGGCCACCACCACAUAGGACCUGGAUGUCCUACUGCUUUUCAGGAACAGAAAGAAGACCCUUGAUUUGUCUGUUUCAGUGGCAGCAUUGUAGUAAGACAACUGUUGAGUGGGCCUGGGUUUCAGCAGACCAUCACGUGAAUGGGACCAGUUUCUUUUCUUCCCAAAUAUCAGAAAUUAAACACUUGGAAAAGAGAUUUGGCCAAGAUGACCCAUUUACAGGCUGGACUCAGUCCAGAGACUAUAGAGAAAGCUCGCCUGGAACUGAAUGAAAACCCAGAUGUUUUACAUCAGGAUAUUCAACAAGUCAGGGACAUGAUCAUCACCAGGCCUGACAUUGGAUUUUUACGUACAGAUGAUGCCUUCAUCCUGAGAUUUCUCCGAGCCAGGAAGUUUCACCAAGCAGAUGCCUUUAGACUCCUGGCCCAGUACUUCCAGUACCGCCAGCUAAACUUGGACAUGUUUAAAAACUUCAAGGCCGAUGACCCUGGCAUUAAGAGGGCUCUCAUCGAUGGGUUCCCCGGAGUGCUGGAAAACCGUGACCACUACGGCAGAAAGAUUCUCCUGCUGUUUGCAGCCAAUUGGGACCAGAGUAGGAACUCCUUCACCGACAUCCUCCGUGCCAUCCUGCUGUCAUUGGAAGUCCUUAUUGAAGAUCCAGAGCUUCAGAUAAAUGGCUUCCUUUUAAUUAUAGACUGGAGUAAUUUUUCCUUCAAACAAGCCUCCAAACUGACACCUUCCAUUCUCAAACUGGCCAUUGAAGGGUUACAGGACAGCUUUCCUGCCCGCUUUGGAGGAGUCCACUUUGUCAACCAGCCCUGGUACAUUCAUGCCUUGUACACGCUCAUCAAGCCAUUUCUUAAGGACAAGACCAGGAAGCGGAUUUUCCUGCAUGGGAACAAUUUAAACAGCCUUCACCAGCUAAUACACCCUGAAUUUUUGCCCUCGGAAUUUGGAGGAACCCUUCCUCCCUAUGACAUGGGAACUUGGGCGCGGACAUUACUCGGUCCUGACUACAGCGAUGAAAAUGACUAUACUCACACUUCCUACAAUGCGAUGCACGUGAAACACACAUCCUCCAACCUGGAGAGGGAGUGCUCACCCAAGCCGAUGAAGAGAUCUCAGUCCGUGGUAGAAGCUGGGACCCUGAAGCAUGAGGAGAAGGGAGAGAAUGAGAACACUCAGCCACUUCUGGCUCUGGACUGAUCCCUGAGUCACUCCAUGGUUCCGCAUAACGCCAACCAUCAGUGGCAUCAGCCACCCAGGAGGCACAUGCGCAACUGACCCCCACAGACAUGUGCAUUUGGCUUGAUAUAAGGCUCUCCACUCCUGCCACGCAGUAAUGACUGUCACCAGCCCUUGGCUGGAGCAGCCAAAGUUGAACAAAGACAUGAGAGAUGUUUGUUUCUUUUUUUCAGUAAGGGUAUUGAAUGGAGGAUGAAGCAAGGCAGUUAUGUAAACAAGAUCCCUCUCCCCCACAUUUAUGGUAUUACAUGAAUUGAAAAAAGAAAAACUAAAUUUGAUGCACACUGCAUUAGAACAAAGAAUUUUUUGAGGCAUUGCCCAGAGACCUUCAGUUUCUGCAAUUUAAGAUUAAGUGCAUUUCCAAGUAGAUACAUCAGAAUAAAACUGGGCAGACACAGUUGUCAAGUUUAAUGUAGUGCAAAAGCCCUGAGACAAUAGUAUUUCCAGUAAUUUCCAUUCUUAUUGAAUUAUUUUCUUUGACCUCAUCACCAGCAUCAACUUGUUCAGCCUAAGAGCAUGUUUUCCGAGGUCUAGCUAUUUUCAGAGUUUGCUUAUUUUGAUAUCCUGCAAAAGUGACUUUGACAUCACAUCUUUUGUCAGGCUACCAGCUGAUUAUCAUGAGCAGACUUUUAAAAAAGGCACAAAAUGUGAAAUAUGAUUAUUUCAUCUUAGCAAUGUGACUUCCACAGGCAACGUGUGCCUGCAGAUAUGGGGGUGGGGGCGGGGUCCCAUUGGAAACAUGUUAGUGGUUGGUAAAUCCAUUCAGGUUGCCUCACUUGGGUCACUACAGCUAAGAAAAGAGCUACUAAAGCAUUUAACUCCCCUCCCCCCACC